AGAGAUUCUUGUGUUGUGAAUAUCGUCCAUUCUUCUUUCAUAUAAAAAGCACCAACUACCAAAAUCACUAGAUACCCGUCAUUCUUUUUCUUUUCUUUUCCUUCUUUUUAUCAUUCAUCGUAUCAUUUUCUUGCAUAAUGCAAAAUGAUUCUUUAUCUCUUUCUUCACAAUCCUAUCUAUCCUUUUCCACGUGUUUCUCUUGGAUGAUAUGUAAUAAUGUUUACAUUCAUAUAUCCAUAUAACACAAUCAUUAUUUCCCAAUAACAAACUAAGUGAAGAAAAAAGAAAAUUUCCCAAUAACAAAGUGAAAAUGGAGAGUUCCAUGAGAUUUGGGUUGAUGGCUGUUUUUGCCGUAUCCGGAAGCAUGGUUUUUUUGGCACAUCAAGUUCAUAAACGUAUACUAUCUAAUUUCAUGAAGAAAUUUGAAUUUGAAAUGGAUGGCAUCUUAUACCAACGUAAUCAAACAGAUUUAUGCGGUUCGGAGAAACAUCAAGGAAAGAAAAGGGUGCGGUUUGCAAAACAAGCGACGGAAGUUCCAAUGGAGAAAAAGAAUAUUAAUAAUGGAAGAAAUGUGAGAAGGGCACAAAGGAUGAAGGGUGAACAAGUUUGGGUGAUGGAGAAUGCUAAAAAGUGUGGACUUGGGCCCAAAUUGGAGGACACUAUGCCGCUUAAUAGAGCAGUACUAUAUAGGGGUAUUAUGAAAUAUAGGAAUAGAACUCCAAGUGGGAGAUUUCGUUUCUAAAGAAAUAGACUUUGGUUAAUUAUUAUUUUGUUUUUAACGCUUUUUUGUUGAUGUUGGUGUAACAAAUUUGGAUUGCAAGUACUUAUGUAAUUGAUUCAGGAAAUUUUGCA